UGCAAUAAAGCACAUUGUAAUCCAAGAACAAGUUGUGUUGUUUCACGAUGGAUAUUGACUGUCAUGACGUCACACUUCCGAUCACGUGACAAAGGCUUCGGAUCAUUAUAACAUUACAAGGAAAAAUGACCUGAUCAAGAUGUUUUUGUAUGUAUAUGGAAAUAACAUUUGAAAUCUCUACAUCCAGGUGAUGUUUGUGCUAUGUUGGGGACCGUAUUACGGCUAUGCUGUGGUGAGAGACUUCUUCCCCCGUCUUCUGGCCAAAUCACGACUCAACAUCACCCUGCACUACAUCGUGGAAGCUGUAGCUAUGGGAAAUAGUUCCAUUGACACGGUGGUCUACAUCGCCAUGAACGGCAACGUGAGGAAGUUCAUGAAGAAGCUGCCGCACGACUGCUACACGGCCUACAUGCAGUGGAAGAACCGCCGGGUCCAACCAGCCAGUCGCUCGGUCACCGGAGGCAGGCGGCCCGCAGACAGACGCUCCUCGACCCGGUCCGAUAACACCUUCCCUCCGUCUAACUUCUCCAACUACAGAACCCGCGACGUGAAAGAAGUCUUCUGUAUAGAAGAUAGAAAAGGCACCAAGUCUGACGUCAUCUACAGACUUAAGUGUGAAGGUCCACAGUGCAACGACACCUACAUUGGAGAAACCAGUCAACCACUGAAGGCAAGCCAUUCACACCUCGAACCACGGUGGUACGAACGGGGUGUUAAGGAGGCCAUCUUCGAGCGGAUCUACAACCCGACCUUAAACCGGAAGGGAGGACUGCGCGUAGAACUUUCCAGUACAUGGGACCCCGCCUUGCACCACAAAAGACAAUAG